UAAGCGCAAAGUUUUUCCAUGACAGCAAUCAGCUGUUUACUGCGUGGUGUUCCUGCCAUUGUUCUGCACAUGAUAACAGUAAUUUGUUGUCCUUUCGCAAAGCGCUUUUGCCAUAGCGCUACGAUAAUGCACGAACGUGGAAAAGAUUAGAAAUUCGUUUCUAAACACAAAUGAAGGCUCCUGAAGUAAUGGCAGCUGGAAGAGGGGUCAUAAGUUUGCGAUUCAAUCAGGAUCAAGGAUGUUUCACCUGUUGUAUGGAAACAGGAUUGCGUAUUUACAAUGUAGAGCCCUUAGUAGAAAAAGCUCACCUAGAUCUGGAUCUUGUCGGGAGUGUUUGUUCCUGCGAAAUGCUUCAUCGGACAAACCUGUUAGCUAUUGUCGCCGGGGGUCCACGACCUAAGUUUGCCGAGAACACCGUUCUCGUUUAUGACGACGCUUCCAAGAAGUUCAUAAUGGAACUUACGUUUCCUGCUAGGGUGCUUGCUGUUCGUUUGCGGAGAGACAGGAUGGCGGUUGCUACCUGUAAUCAGAUACAUGUAUUUACCUUCCCGCAACCUGCUCGACGCCUACUCACUCUAGAGACCAGGGACAAUGAACGUGGUAUAUGUGAGAUGAGUCCGAUGGCUACCAGUGAACGACAACUGCUUGCCUUCCCAGGUCACAAGCUUGGCAGUGUCCAACUUGUGGAUCUGGCAAGUACUGAAGCAGGGAGCUCAAGUGCACCUGUUACAGUCAAUGCACACCGUGGUGCAUUAGCGUGCUUGGCACUUAAUCAGCAAGGUACAUUAAUUGCCACUGCAUCAGAGAAGGGCACGCUCAUUCGUGUGUGGGACACUGUGCGUCGAACUCUCGCAGUGGAACUGCGGCGUGGUUCUGAUCCGGCAACCCUAUAUUGCAUCAACUUUAGCCGGGAUUCAGAGUUUUUGUGUUGUUCGAGCGACAAAGGAACGAUCCAUAUAUUUGCCUUGAAGGACACCCAUCUUAACCGGCGCUCAACUUUCUCCAAAAUGGGCUUCCUCGGUAAUUACGUAGAAUCACAGUGGGCACUCGCCAAUUUCACAGUACCCCCUGAAUGUGCCUGUAUCUGUGCCUUUGGAUCACGUACAUCUGUUGUAGCUGUGUGCUUGGAUGGCACGUUCCAUAAAUAUGUCUUCAAUUCCGAUGGCAAUUGCAACCGUGAAGCAUUUGAUGUUUUCCUUGAUGUAUGUGAAGAUGAUGACACUUGCUGACAGCAGCCAGUGGUUCACAAAAACAGGGAAACAGUAACUUCUGUACAUAGUACAUUACAGACUGUGUGUCUAGAACUGCUUGCACUCCCCUGCAGGAGGAUAUUUACAGCUAUAUUUUACACAACUCAUUUGAAAGUGAACUGUUGUCCUUUUGUGCUUGCUAUUUGUGGAUUUUUGCUUUUGUACAAAUAUAUUACAAAUGUGUAUUUAAUGUGUUGACUGCUGUCCAGUAAUGGAAAAUUGUGUUUAUUUUGUCUCAAGACAUGCUUUCAGAGAAACAUUGUUUCAUCUGUAUACAGUUUUAAAAAGCAGCUAUGCACAAAUUAUUGUUUUAUUGUAAAUACAUCCAAGGGCUAUAUGUGCUAAUUCCACUGCCACCAGUUGUACAUAAAGUGCUCAGAAAAUGGAGAAAACAACAAAUAAUUUGUUUACUAUACAGCUAAUGGAAUAUUGUGUACGAAUGUGUUCAUUGUUAGGUAAAUGACAGACAUAAAUGGUGUUUGAUGAAAAGAUCUUUAAAUUUAAAAUUACGCAUUUUGCUAAACAUGGUGCACAUAUUGGUGGUUUUCCACAUGAUGGAUAUUUGUGUGUCACUUUCAGGAUUUUGUGGAAUGUGAUGGAGACAAUGUGAUUGUUUUUAGGGUAAGUGGAUCUCUGCAAAGUUUGCAGUUUUUAUGUGUAAUCCACAGAGUUCCUGCUGUUCUGGAAUAUAGUUGUUAAUUUUGUUAGUUUGGAUAUGAGUACUGUUGGUUCUGUUUCAGCAUGAAAUAAAUUCUACAAAAAGCAUGACUUAGACGUUAGGAAUGUCUGUCUGUGUAAAAGAACCAAUAUCUAAGGAUUUUUUUGGGUUGUGUUGAAUUUCUCCCUACCAUAUCUGUACAUUACAUCAGGUGUGAGGUAUUGCUGUAAAGGAAUUGUCACAGGAACUGAGAAAGGUGAAUGUUUUACUUAAAUAUUUAAUUUUGAUUUUUGUAAGCCAUGAACUUACAAAAAUUUCUUUGUUCUGAUUUUUGUUCUUCUUUCUGUUUGUAUACUUUUCUGUCAGUGUUGUAGCUAAAAUAGAGUAGUUCUUGGAAACAUUCAGUCAACCAGUUGUAAUAAAUCUUAUUCCCUAGCAUAUUUUUUGUGUCAUGCCCACUAAUUAUAAUGUGAAAGCAAGAUAAGGUGUUUGGAUAUAAGUUGGACAUACUUCUUAACUGCUUCAUUGAGAAUAGCCUUCUUUUACAGUAUGGUUAUAAAUAGUUCUUUACUACAGGCAAGAGAAGAAAUUACUGCUUAUCUUCUCCGGAAUGAUUCAACAUUUGUUGUUCUAUUUCCUCCAGUAGAUGUUUGUGGUGUAAUGUACUAUUGUUCCUCUCCUCCUUGCUGAGCAUUUCUUCCAUUUAUGUCUCUGUGAUGUUCACAUAUUCUACUCAUAUGGCAUGCUUUCCCUUUCAUUGACCCAGUAAGUUGGUUUUGUUGGUGAAGUAUAAUAAAACCUGGGCAUUAGUUAAGUUUUAACUGUGCUCAGUGUCAACAGAUUCUAGAACAUGAAAUCACAUUUCUUGUCAGCUUCCAUUUUUUUCCAUGCCUUGCCUUAAUUUUUUAAAUGUUGUUAAAUGUAAUAUCAGUAUCUUUGUAAUAAGUAUAUAUCAAAGUUUGUAAUAUAUCACUAUUGAUUAGUGGGCCAUCAGUCAUUAAGUUACUUCUGCAAAUUGUUUAGUAGUUGUAGCAUAUUCUUUGACUUUUUAUGAGUGAAAUAGUGAUAACAAAUCAUAGUCAUUUCUUAUUUGAAUCUGUUUAUUUGAAAAUUUUUGGUGAAUCCUUAUUUAAUCAGUUUGUUACAACUAUCGAAAGUAAUUCUCUCGCAAUUUCUCUUUAGUCUAUCUUUUAUUUACUUGCCUCUACUAUAUUAUUUAUACUGAACAAUUAUUUUAGUUCUUUAUUCUAUUGUAGCGCUGCAUAUGUUUUUUACACUUAUUAAUUAAAAACAAAUUCAUACGGUUACCAGUUGAUCAAUUAAUGUAUGUAGGAGACCUGUGUACAAAGUGAGAUAUUUAUUGUGUCUAAUUAGUGAUACACAUUUCAAUUUAAUAAAAUGACUGUAAUUUGAGCAGAACUGCCUUAUUGCACUGCAUAGCAUUCUGCAGCUCUUGGAAGUGCAUCCUCUUGCAAGCAGUACAUUUUUAUCAGUGAUAAUUUUUAAAGAUAAGCCAUAGACUGAUGUCAAUGUACAUUUAGAAAAAUGUAUGUUUGUCUUCCAUUUCUAGAAA